CUUAGAUAAGUUUUGUGCCACGUUAUAAUUAUGGCGAAAUUUGUUUGUUCUAUAGUUUUUACGGUCGUUGCCUUUUGCCGACAUUUCAACGCAAACAAUGUUGACAAAAGAAUCCUAAUGAAUGAUCCCGAUCUGUUCCAUUCUCAGAUACAAGCUGUUCAACAGGAGCUUGAGAAGGUUAAUUCUCAUCUCACCAAUACCAUCGCCGCUCAACAAGCGGAAAUCGAAUCCCUUAAACAAAUUACCAACAACCGAUAUGCAAACCAAGGAUCUACUUAUACUAUUUGGGGUAAAAGAAAUUGUCCACCAAAGAACGGAACGGACACAGUCUAUAAAGGUAUUGCUGGUGGAGGACAUUAUAAUCGAGAUGGAAACGGCGCCAAUACCCUUUGUCUCCCACACAAUCCGGACCCAGCUCCAUCGGAUUUUCCAACUCAUUUCCAAAAUGACGACAGGGCAUCGUCAAGCUUUAUAUAUGGAUCAGAAUAUCAAUACACGUACAGGAAUGUUGCAGUAGAUGACGAUGUCCCCUGUGCGGUGUGUGAUGUUGCGCAUGUGUCAUCAAUUAUUAUGAUACCUGCCAAAAUGACCUGCCCUUCGAAAUGGUCUAUUGAAUACGCAGGAGUCUUAACAGCAGCAAGUCAAUAUUCUGGGCUUGCUAUACGAGAAUAUUUGUGCGUGGAUGAAAAUGCUGAAUACCUUAUGGACGGAACUAGACAAAAUUUCGAUGGUAGAUUGUUUUAUCCCGUCCAAGCGGCCUGUGGUGCCCUCCCAUGUCCGCCGUACAAAGAAUCACAAUUGAUAGCUUGUGUAGUGUGUUCGAAAUAAGAGUUGAAAAUUCAUCAACAGCUCAAGAUAAGGGUUG